CCGGGUGGCCAGAUGCCGGUACCGUCGGCAUGGCAACUCCGAUAGCCGCAAUGUAAACAAAUAUGAAUUACACCCAAAGCGGCCACAAUCGUCACUUGACGCUGAUCGUAAUUUUUUUUGCGACACUCGCCAGUGCGUUUCACGUGAACAAUGAGGUGUUCGAAUACUGGGAUCCGAACUCGUGUAAAUACGAUGAGUACUUUGACACGGUCUCUUUAUCCUGCUCGCGGUGCAACGUCAGCAAAAAUCUCGAACCAGCUGCGAAUCGUUUGCGAUGUCAGUGCGAUGCACUCAGCAAGACAAUUGGUUUCGAGAAUGGCAAUUCGCUUUGCGCCAUGUGUGGUACUAACAUGAUUGCCACUGCCGAUGGAAAGGAUUGUAUUCUACGCUCAAAUGCAACGUGCAAAUGCUCCUCGAAUCAGAUAAGACUAGACAGAAAUAUAAAUGGUGCACCGUUGGAUGCUGUGCUUUGCGUAACAUGCAUCCAAGGAACGUAUCCGUCUGGCGAUUGUUCCAAAUGUUUGCCAUGCGACAACCACGAAUACAGCGGCCACGUUAAUUGUGUGUGUCCAAGCGCGACACAUGUGAGACUACGAAAUUAUUGUUUGCAUAAAGAUGACAUCGCCGAUUGGCCGGACAUUAGAAGCACGUAUUUGAUGAAGUUUCGUAGCGAGAACGUUGAUAGUUAUUACUUGAGAAGCGAACUGCAACUUGCGGUGCAUCUCUGCAAGAGGAAAGACAAAACGGCGUGUGAACACUUGUCAAACAUAUGUGCCUUGACUCUUUAUAGUGAUGGUAUGGCCUGUAUGUUUUUUAUGCAUACACCCAUGGCACCCAUAUGGUUGUUUUAUAAUAAACAAGACGCAACAGCAGUGAUAAACAAUACAAAAAUACCCGAGAGAUAUAGUCUCAGAAAAGGAGAUAAUAAUACCAUUCUCAAUUUCAUAAUCGCGAGAUUUGCAUUGAAUGGUAAAUUUUUGUCCAUCGAUAGACCGACUUUGCCCUGUCAACUUUUAAGAAACGUGAGAUUUGGUAUGAAUUUCAGUAAAAAAUGCAAAAUUACCGCUGCUGAAUUAUUAAAUGCACAAGUAGAAUUAUUAUCUCCUUACUUAACAUUUAGACAGGACAAUAAAUCAUUUAUACAUGCAUUGCCUGUGAUUGUUAAAUCAGAUCAGAAGAUCAAGGAAAUCUCGUAUCAGCAACUGGUGCGAAAAUUCUUUCUGGUCGAUAAUAUAAGCGGUUUCAAAGCAGUACCGGCGUUUAUGCACGAUGGAUUCACGAAAGCAUCAGAGCUUUCCGUACUUCGAUACAUGAAAUCUCUGACUAUCCUAGUAAACGUUCAGAGCGGAAAAAAUCAAGGCAAGAUCUUCGCGCCCAUUCUAAUUGUAGAGUAUGACGAGUUGACAUAUCAAGAUUUCCUCGAUAAUUCUGAUGUUACAAUAAAUUACAAAAUUGCAUUUACAUUAAAAGAUAAUGAAAUAGAUUAUGAUAUUCAGAUAACUAUCGGAGUGUUGACGGGAGUAGCAUUAAUAUUUUCCAGUAUUAAGACUUGGAGUUAUUAUAAACGUAAUCACAAUGGUAAUCUCAGCAUAACUGUCUUAUUGUGGUUCCUGAUCUAUGCCAUGGGUGCUGUUGGAAAUGUGAUUAUGUUUAUAUGCAUCAGUACAUGCUUAUAUCUGUUUAUCUUUUACAAAGGUCAAACUGUACCGCAUGUUCUUCUUCCCGAUGAAAGUAGUGAAGAGAAAAUCCAAACGUAUAUCACUGUAGCAUUUAGCUUUAAAAUUGCAGAAAUGAUAGGGUUUGUCUAUCAAUACUGGGGUUUGAGCAUAUUUUUUAUCGAUUGGGAACAAUCACGGUCGAUACACGAUCAACCAAAGUACGAUUCUCCGCAUACUUCUUUACGGAAAUUAUAUGCUAAUAGAUUUUCGAAGGGCGAGGAUAAGUCUUCAAGAAUAACAUCGGACAUCAUCGCAUCCAGACGAAAAAGAAGAUCGCACAAAAAUAUAAGCCCCAGUGAAGUGUCCAAGUCUUCUUCAACUGAUAAAUACAUGCCAGAUUUUUCUUCCGUUUGCUCGAUUGCGAAGUCACCUUUGCAAGAGGCAACUGAGCGCAGCUAUAUGCAUGAUUUUCCUAUUAGUAUUUGGAGAACCUAUUACAUUGCCAAUGAAUGGUACAAAUUGCAAACCAGAAGAAGAAUAAAUGUAGCAUUGCAAUCGAUUUACACUCUGUGUAUCUUGCAAAUAUUCGAUUUGGAAUCGUGGAUAUUGACGAUACCGGAAUCGACCGCGGAUAAAACCUUCGAAACGAAGAACAAUUUUACGUUGCAAUACGCGAUUUGCACAUUCGUGUACAUAACUGUAUAUCUUACACAGUGGUUGAUCCGUGUUACGAUUUAUGAAAGAUACAUUAGAAACAGACUGCAGAAGUUCGUAGAUUUAUGUUCGAUUGCGAACAUCAGCGUAUUCAUCUUGGCACACAAUUAUUACGGCUUCUAUAUCCAUGGAAGAUCAGUACAUGGAUUCGCAGAUACUGAUCUUCCUACUCUGAUAAACGAUCUAAAAAAAGAAGAAGACAAUUUAUGUGCGCACAGAGGUCUGGUACCUGGCACAACCGAACAAACAUUCAUAGUAUCAUUGACCCAAUCAUUUAAAUCGUUGUACGAUGAACUUAUGAGACAAAAAAAUACUGGAAGCAUAGGAAUUUUUAAAGGAAGUGACACACCUUCUAAAAGUUGGAAACAAUUAUUUGAAACUAAGUCAAAAGUUAGACAAUUCCUAAUGCAGUUUUUAGAUCAUUGUUCAGAAAAUCAAGAUUACAUAAUCAAAGAGCAACAUGUAUUAGAAAAACUGUGCGAUGUUCUUUUCGUAGAUGCCAAAGAUAAAUCUGUCUUCUAUAUCGAUAACAAUUAUUCCUUUAACAAAGUGGUGCUUCACGGAAACGAAUGGCUAUUAGCCACAUUCGAGAUUACCAUAUUUGCUUUCUUUUUAACAUUAUAUAAUUCUUACAUUUUCGCCUGUAUAGCAACAGUUAUUAUAUCGCAAUUAUUCCUAAUGAUCAUUAGAUGCAAUGUUAAAAGAAAUCUCUGCAACAAGUCAUUGUUGGACAAGAGAUUCCUCAUGUAACCAAAAGAUUAAAUAAUAAUAAACAAAUAUUAAUUAAUACAUAAUUAUUAGUUUUAUAAUUUAUUUUUACAGUUAUGUACCUCUUUACAAUCUACUAUAUUUCUUACUUUUUUAUAUCACAUAUUUAAAGUACUAAUGAUGAUUAUCUCCAUGAUGUCCGUGACCUGAAUA